AUGACUUCUGAGGGAACGGCAUCGCAAGCCUCCGGCGCAACAUUACCGGUUCAACAGGAUCUUGGCACCGCCGAUGUUGAACGCACAGCUGAGGCACAAAAGUCCACUAGUAUAGCCCCCGACCCGGAUAUCGUGGACUUUGAUGGACCGAACGACCAGGAUAAUCCUAUGAACUGGUCCUCAAGCAAAAAGGCAGCUGCCAUUGGUAUGGUGACGUUGAUGACACUCUUUUCACCAAUCGGCUCGACAAUUAGUUCCGCGGCCGCAGAAGAUAUCAUGCUACACUUCAAAUCCACCAGCGAGACGCUUUUGGCAUUCGUGACAACAGUUUACCUAUUGGGAUACGUAUGUGGUCCGAUAAUCAUCGCUCCUCUAUCUGAAAUGUACGGCCGCGCCAUCCUGUACAAGGUCUCCAUCGUCCUAUUCAUCAUCUUCAAUAUCGCUUGCGCUGUAGCGAACAGCCUCGAAUUACUGAUCGUUUUCCGAUUACUCGCCGGCAUCGCCGGUUCAUGUCCAAUAACACUAGGCACAGGUUCCAUCGCCGACAUGGUACCUCACGAGAAACGCGCGGGAGCCAUGGGAGCGUAUGUCAUCGGCGCCGUCCUAGGACCUUCCCUCGGGCCCAUUGCGGGCGGUUACCUGACUCCUGCGGCAGGCUGGCGCUGGGCAUUCUGGCUGAUGGCCAUUACCAUGUCGCCUCUUGCUAUUGUGGUGGUCCUGUUCAUGCGAGAGUCAUAUCCCUUUGUGUUGCUCGAGCGAAAGACGGAACGGCUGCGACGGCAAACGGGCAAUAUGAAGCUUCGCUCAGCGCUUGAUACUGGUAAAACAGCGCGCGAGCUCUUUAGUUUCUCCAUCUUUCGCCCGUUGAAGAUGCUUCUGUUGCCUAUUGUAUUUUUACUGUCAUUGUACACAGCGACAGUGUACAGUUACUUGUACCUAUGCUUCACGACCUUCCCUCGAGUCUUUGGCAUUCAGUACGGCUUUGGGAGCGGCCCAUCUGGUCUGGCGACCCUUGGAAUGGGAAUAGGCUCCUUCUUUGGCGUCUUUUUCUGUGGCGCUGUGUCAGAUAAGUUGUCUGCUUACUUGGCCGAGAAACACGGUGGUGCGGUCAAGCCAGAAUAUCGGCUUCCUACCAUUCUGAUCGGUGGGAUUUUGAUACCCAUUGGGUUAUUUUGGUAUGGCUGGACGGCGGAGAAAAGGCUACACUGGAUUUUGCCCAUCAUUGGAACAGGAUUCCUAGGCGCUGGCAUGAUUAUUACAUACAUGGCAACCACGCUGUAUCUUGUCGACGCUUAUACCGUUUAUGCUGCUUCUGUGACUGCGUCGAAUACUAUUUUUCGCUGUCUGUGUGCGGCGUUUCUGCCGCUCGCCGGCCCUGCCAUGUACGACAGGCUUGGAGUUGGUUGGGGGACAUCGCUUCUCGGCUUCAUUGCUGUUGCUUUUGUACCUCUACCGUUCUUCUUUUACGUGUAUGGUCAAAGAAUUCGGGAGACGAAGCGGUUCAAGAUUGAGUUUUGA